AUGUCGGAAAACUACGGCGCAUUCCAAACCGAAAUCUACGGGAGAGGCUUUCUAGAAAAUGUUAAACCAAACGUUACGACUGAUCCCAGGCUCUUGGAGGAGCAAGCCCGCAAAGCAUUGGGGAGUCGAGCUUUCAGUUAUGUUGCGGGGGGUGCGGGCGAAAGGGCCACCAUGGACAGUAACCGGUUGGCAUUUCGGCAGUGGAAACUGAUUCCAAGGAUGAUGAAAGCGAUGGAUAACCAGGACAUCUCAGUGAACCUAUUCGGGGAGAAAUAUGCCCAUCCGCUACUCAUGGCGCCCGUGGGCAUCCAAUCUCUGUUCCAUGAAGACAAAGAGACCGGUCUCGCCGAGGCAUGCGAGGAGGUCGACGUGCCAUACAUUCUCAGCACAGCUAGCUCCAGCUCGAUUGAAGAGGUGGCAGCGGCCAACAAGAGCGGGAAAAGAUGGUUCCAGCUGUACUGGCCAUUUGACAAUAACAUUACACUUUCCUUGCUAAAACGGGCGAAAGAAAACGGGUACAAGGUCCUAGUGGUUACAUUGGAUACCUGGUCCCUGGCAUGGCGUCCGGCAGACCUAGACCACGCUUAUAUCCCAUUCAUUCGAGGUACCGGUAACCAGAUCGCUUUCACGGACCCCGUCUUCUGCGCAAAGUUUGAAAAGGAGACCGGGUCCAAGGUCGACGACGACGUUCUAGGUGCAUCAAGAAUGUGGAUUGGGGAUACGUUUUCCGGACGGUCGCACACAUGGGACGAUCUCGCCUUCUUGCGGAAGAAUUGGGAUGGUCCCAUCGUUCUCAAGGGCAUCCAGCACGUGGAUGAUGCGAAGUUGGCAUAUGAAAAUGGAUGCGACGGGAUUAUCGUUUCGAACCACGGGGGUCGACAAGUAGACGGUGCCAUUGGCGCUCUCGAGGUUCUCCCUGAGAUUGUCGACGCGGUUGGCGACAAGAUGAACGUGCUCUUCGACUCCGGAAUCCGCACCGGGGUAGACAUCAUCAAGGCCCUCUGUCUAGGAGCCCAGGCCGUUCUGGUCGGUCGACCAGUUAUCUAUGGGUUGUCUAUUGAUGGCAAGAAUGGGGCGAAGAGCGUGAUGAGGGGUCUGUUGGCAGACUUGUGGCAAAGCAUGGGGUUAGCGGGGAUGCGCACCACCGCCGAAUGCAACAGGAGCUGCAUCAGAAAGGUACAAUAUCCGGGGGAUCUUAAAUCUAUGAUGUAG